CAUCCGCCGCUCUUCUUCGCCGCCAGCGACCUCCUCAAUGGUCGGAUUCACAGUAUAGUCACCGCGCCGUUCCAUUCUGCUUCGCGCAUCAAUGGUGGAGACCCAAACCUAGAUGGAGAACCGAAAGAAACGCUCCAUUACCGAAGAGGACAUCUCCAUUCUCCUGCAGAGGUACCCUGCAACUACUUUGCUGGCAUUGCUGCAAGAAGUGGCACAGUUUGAGCAGGUGAGGAUCAACUGGCAUGAGCUGGUAAAGAGGUCCUCGACUGGGAUUUCCAGUCCGCGGGAGUAUCAGAUGCUGUGGCGUCACUUGGCCUAUCGGGAUGCUUUGUUCGAGAAAUCGGACGAUGGGGUUGAGCCUCUGGUCAGUUGUACGAUGCCUUGUUCGUCGGAUGAUGAUAGUGAUCUGGAAUAUGAAUUGGAAGCCUUACCAGCUGUAAGUGGAGAAGCUUCUGCUGAGGUUGCAGCCUCUGUCAAGGUACUAAUUUCCUCUGGUCUAACAAGUGAUGGCACCCUCCCAAAAAAAUCAAGUGUGGAGGCUCCCCUGACCAUAAACAUCCCUAAUGGCCAACCCUUCAGAGCUUCUUCAGAAGGAUCAAGGCCUACUUGUUUGGUUCAAGGCAUGAAGAACACUGCUAACCCAGUGUCCAUUGAAAAAUCGUCUUUGCCUCCUUCAGUAACAGGGAAUGAAGGCUCGGACCCAAAUGGCAACAUGCUUUCUAAGAAGAAGAGGAAGCAGUGGUCUGAGGCAGAGGAUUUGGAACUAAUUGCAGCGGUACGGAAGUGCGGUGAAGGAAACUGGGCAAACAUUUUAAAAGCCAACUUUAAGGGUGACAGAACUGCCGCUCAGCUCUCUCAGAGAUGGGCGAUUAUUCGAAAAAGGCAAGGUAACUCAAACCUGUCAGUUUCUAACUUGACUACUGCAAGUCAGCUUUCUGAGGCACAGCUGGCAACCCGUCAUGCAGUGUCCGUUGCCCUCGAUAUGCAUGUGAAACCCUUAAGGACAGCAGGAACUUUUUCAAGUAGUACACUUGGACAGCAGGCACAAAAUCAGACCCGACAGGUCCCCGAGCCGAGAAAACUAACUCUUCUGGUAUCACCAUCAGUUCCUCCACUGAACUCCUCUGCAUCCUCGGUGAAAACAUCACCCAAGGAAAAUAAUAUCAAUAACAGUCAUGAUGAUAUGGUGAUAAAAGCCGCUGCAGUGGCUGCUGGGGCCCGCAUCGCAACUCCUUCUGAUGCUGCAUCACUGAUAAAGGCUGCCCAAUCAAAGAAUGCUGUCCAUAUCAUCCCAAGAGGCAGUUCCCUAAAAGCUGCUUCUGUUACUGGAGUUGCAACAACCAAGUCAGCACACCAAACAAGUCCCCCAGCUCAGUCUGGCCAUGCUGCAUCCACGUCCGCUACCUCCCACAAUAUUCCUGGCAAAGAUGCCAGGCCAACAGUUCAAAAUUCUCCAAGUGAUGCCGCGAUAUCACCUCAGGAGCAAGAUAUUGAAUCUGAGGGAGGAAAGGUUGCUACAGAGCUCAGCAACAUGCUGCAAGAACCAGUACCUGGAGAAGAUGUAGCACGUGCUUUAGGAAAUGAAGGAGGCACACAAAUGCAAGAAGAUGCCGUCUUGCAUUGUGUAAACGCGGAUCUGCCCGCAAAUCAAAAUUCAGAUGCUUUGACAAACAGGGAGGUGUUGACAACUGUGAGUGUUGGAGGUGCUUCUGAAGGCGAUCAACCUGCAGAAGGUGAAAAAGCAGGUCAGGCAGUUUCUGAGGAGAAGUGCGAGAAGGAAAGCUUGAAGGGCGAAGCUCUCGACUCUCGCUAACCGUGGUGGUGGGUGAGAAUAAUGAAAGAAUACGGUCGAUGGUUUGACUGUCAAUAUUGGUCCUUGACAGGACUUUGUGCCAUAAAAUAGUAAAGAGUUUGUUUCUUCUGUAAUUGGACAUAAUAGAGUGCUCUUUAGAUGUUUAUAAACGAAUUUUCCAUUGCACUGAAAGAAUUGCCGAGCGAGUGAAUUUGUCUGUUGCUAUGGAGAAAUGGAAGGGGAAAGAGUUAAGGACACUGUAUUAUACAGUUUGGUAACGAAGUCAAGUUUGAUUUAA